CGCACGAAGUGUUCGUCGUUAACACUGGCCCAUAACGCAUCGCAUGUACAUUUCUCCGCGACAUUAUUUCCUAUGUAGAUUUGAGUCAUGACGGUCCGGCCCACAAGAUGCGUGGCGUUUGUAUAUACUGCAUUGCAUACGAAACUUACGGGCUUAUGCUGGUUUGGCGGCCACCAGCCUACGGAUGUGAACCAUGGAUUCACGAAAAAUGCGGAGGCCAAGUCUUCGGCAAAUUCGUUGGAUAAGCUAUCAUGAAACGAGCAGAAUGAUCAUCAUAGUGCGCAGGACAUCGUGAAUCCCGCUUGAUGUGGUGAAUAUACUGAGAAAAAUUCGGCUCCAGUGUCGGAAGGCGUCAGCGUUCUGUCUGCGUCGAGCAAGAUCGUCACUUAGUGCCUGGUACGAUGAUAAAAGUCGCCCACCGCUCGAAUGGCUUGCGACAUGUUGUAGGAUUCAUUGUGUAUACAGAGGUCCUGAAUGAGCCGUGCACCUUUUGUGAGGAAAUUUCCAUGAGCAUCGGGAUAAAGGCGAGCGAGAAGAAUACCAUGCUGCUGGCAAAUAUACGGCAAUAUCUGCCUUUCCUGGUCUUGCCAGCUUCGAAGACUUUCGGCGCUGUGUGUCUGCCGUUGGCGCGUCUGGUCUCCUGCAAACCAUCGCGCAAUCGAGCUCGGAUGAGAGUUAAGAUACACGAUGGCAGUAUAGGCGGCCCAGUCAUCUUCAGCGUCCACGCGUUCGAGUUGGGCUUCAUUCUUCCGAAACGACAGGUGGCCAGCAACGACUCCCAGGCGGCCGCUCUCAGCACAUCUCUCCGCUAUCAGUCGAAUAGCCUUUCGACGCCAUUGACCCUUUUCGUCAGCAGUUCCAGCAUCAAAUGCCAAUUAUCCGCCCUCCACCGCUUCGUAGAGCACUUGGCUCCUGUCAUAAAACUCAAAUUGAUCAGAAGAUAUACAUUCUUUGAGCUGCGUGAUCAGGGUCGUUUUGCCACAGCCUGAAAUGCCAUAUAUGCCAACGACUUGAGGUUUCAUUGCCAGAUUCGAUCCGUCCGACAUGAUUGCUAGAUG